AGUCUCUCUCUCUCUCUCUCUCUCUGGAAGAAGUACUCAAAGUCCUCCCUCUGAGUCUCUCUCUUUCUCGGUCCAAUCCUCAUCUUUUCUGGUCUGAUCCCUUCAAAACCCUAAUAUCUGUGCGUUGAUCUCAGUCUCAUCGGUUCGGGAAGCGUUCGAAUUUCGCUCCGGAGAGGAAAAAGGUUCGGGCUUUCUGGUACAUUUGAUUGUCCAAGUCGAAAUCGACGGCAUCAUUUCUGAUCAUCUCGGUGCAUUGUCGGUGGAAAUCGGUGGUGGUUUUUUUUUUUUUUUAAAUUUUUUUUCUGUUGCGUCUGGAGGGGUCUUGGGUCGACGAUUUGCGGUGGCGUUUGUUUCGUGGAAAAUUUGCAGAGUUGUAGGUGGGUGUUUUCUUAAAGAGAGGAGGAUGAGAAUCAAAGGAUGAACGAUGCCGGUACUGCGUAGCGGAGUGCGCAGGGGCCGGGCAGCAGCGAAGCAGCAGCAACAGCCGAGUCCAAUCGAAGCGGCGGGAGAGGCGAUUGCGACGAGGACAAGGCGGAGGCGGGCGGCGGCGGCGGCAGCGGCAGUACCCAAAACAAAUAAUAACAAACAACCACAACAACAACUACAACAACAACAACAACAGGAGCCACAGCUACAGCAUCAACAUCAGCCGGUGGCUGAUGAGAACGUAGCUGUCGCAGGGCCGGCGGCUAAAGAAGAGGAGGAUAGGGGAUUUGAGGAGGCUUUUGGUGUUGGUGGUGGUGGUGGUGGUGGAGGCGGCGGCGGUGGUGGUGGUGGGGCAGAGAAGGAGGAGGUGGGUGAGAAACCAAUGGAUGAUUAUGAAAGUGGGGGUCGGAGUAACGACAAGGUUAAUGCCGGUGAAGACGAGGGAAGCACCGCUCCCCUUCCUGAGAAGGUUCAGGUUGGCGGUUCCCCAUGUUACAGAAUAGAAAGAAAGCUAGGUAAAGGUGGGUUUGGACAAGUGUAUGUUGGUCGGCGUGUUUCUGCUGUAAAUACAAGUGAUAGAAAUACUGGCCAGGGAGCUUUAGAGGUGGCCUUAAAAUUUGAGCAUAGAAGUAGCAAAGGCUGUAACUAUGGGCCACCAUAUGAGUGGCAAGUAUAUAACACUCUUGGCGGCAGUCAUGGUGUACCACGAGUACACUACAAAGGAAGGCAAGGCGACUAUUAUGUUAUGGUUAUGGAUAUGCUGGGGCCAAGCUUAUGGGAUGUGUGGAAUAAUAACUCUCACACAAUGUCCAUUGAAAUGGUUGCAUGCAUUGCCAUUGAAGCCAUAUCAAUAUUGGAGAAGAUGCAUUCCCGAGGGUAUGUACAUGGAGAUGUUAAGCCGGAGAAUUUUCUUCUUGGUACCCCAGGGACUUCUGAUGAGAAAAGAUUAUUCUUAGUUGAUCUUGGAUUAGCAACUAGAUGGCGAGAUAGUACAACUGGUCGGCAUGUUGAAUAUGACCAAAGGCCAGAUGUUUUUAGAGGGACAGUACGUUAUGCAAGUGUGCAUGCUCAUUUGGGGAGAACUGGUAGUAGGAGAGAUGAUCUGGAAUCUCUUGCUUACACACUUAUAUUCCUUCUUCGAGGUAGACUGCCUUGGCAAGGAUACCAGGGUGAGAAUAAAGGAUUCCUUGUUUGUAAGAAGAAGAUGGCGACAUCUCCAGAAACAUUGUGUUGCUUCUGUCCACAGCCUUUUAGACAGUUUGUUGAAUAUGUGGUGAACUUAAAGUUUGAUGAAGAACCUAAUUAUGCAAAAUAUAUUUCCCUUUUUGAUGGGAUUGUUGGUCCAAACCCCGAUAUUCGGCCAAUUAAUACUGAUGGUGCACAGAAGCUUAUUAGCUUAGUUGGUCAUAAGAGAGGGCGGUUGACCAUGGAGGAGGAAGAUGAUGAACAACCCAAGAAGAAGGUUAGAAUGGGCAUGCCGGCAACACAAUGGAUCAGUGUUUAUAAUGCGCGUCGGCCAAUGAAGCAGAGGUAUCACUAUAAUGUGGCAGAUGCAAGGCUUGCUCAGCACAUUGAUAAAGGGAAUGAGGAUGGCUUAUAUAUUAGUAGUGUAGCCUCUUGUCAAAAUCUAUGGGCCUUAAUAAUGGAUGCAGGCACUGGUUUCACUGGACAAGUUUAUGAACUUUCACCUUGUUUUCUUCACAAGGAAUGGAUAAUGGAGCAGUGGGAAAAGAACUAUUAUAUCAGUGCAAUAGCUGGAGCUACAAAUGGGAGCUCACUAGUUGUUAUGUCCAAAGGGACAAAUUAUUUACAACAGUCUUACAAAGUUAGUGAUACCUUUCCUUUCAAGUGGAUUAACAAAAAAUGGAGAGAGGGCUUUUAUGUAACUGCAAUGGCCACCUCUGGGAGUAGAUGGGGAGUUGUCAUGUCUCGUGGUUCAGGGUUUUCUGACCAGGUUGUUGAAUUAGACUUCCUUUACCCUAGUGAAGGCAUUCAUCGGCGUUGGGACUGCGGAUAUCGUAUCACAGCAACUGCAGCAACUUGGGAUCAGGCUGCAUUUGUCCUUAGUGUGCCAAAGAGGAAGCCUCAAGAUGAAACACAAGAGACACUUCGUACUUCUGCCUUUCCUAGUACACAUGUCAAGGAGAAGUGGGCAAAGAACCUUUACAUUGCAUCUGUUUGUUAUGGAAGAACGGUUUCAUAAGUUUCCCUCGUUUUGUUGAAGGAUGCUGUAGUACCACAAUUGCAGAUAUUCCUCAGUGCUUCUUCUUAACAGGCUAAUCAGUUUGGGGUCUUUAUCACUCCUUUUUAAUUAUAUAAUAUUGUUAUACAAAUAAUAUUAAUUUAUGUCAAAAAAACAAUAUAUUUUGUUUCAA